UGAGGGGCGGAGAGGCCGGGCAGGCCGCGGCUGCGGGCCAGGGGACGGGGGUGGAGCCGGAGCCGACGGGCGGUGGCCGCACUGGGACCCCGGAAUCCCGCGCGCUGCCCACGAUUCGCUUCUGAGAUGGAGUCUUACUCUGUUGUUCAGGCUGGAGUGCAGCGGCAUGACUCAGCUCACUACAACCUUUGCCUCCUGGGUUGGAGUAAUUCUUGUGCCUCAGUCUCCUGAGUAGCUGAGAUUACAGGAACCUAGAAAGAUUGUACAAUGAAUGGUGAUUCUCGUGCUGCGGUGGUGACCUCACCACCCCCGACCACAGCCCCUCACAAGGAGAGGUACUUCGACCGGGUAGAUGAGAACAACCCAGAGUACUUGAGGGAGAGGAACAUGGCACCAGACCUUCGCCAGGACUUCAACAUGAUGGAGCAAAAGAAGAGGGUGUCCAUGAUUCUGCAGAGCCCUGCUUUCUGUGAAGAAUUGGAAUCAAUGAUACAGGAGCAAUUUAAGAAGGGGAAGAACCCCACAGGCCUAUUGGCAUUACAGCAGAUUGCAGAUUUUAUGACCACGAAUGUACCAAAUGUCUACCCAGCAGCUCCGCAAGGAGGAAUGGCUGCCUUAAACAUGAGUCUUGGUAUGGUGACUCCUGUGAACGAUCUUAGAGGAUCUGAUUCGAUUGCAUAUGACAAAGGAGAGAAGUUAUUACGGUGUAAAUUGGCAGCAUUUUAUAGACUAGCAGAUCUCUUUGGGUGGUCUCAGCUUAUCUACAAUCAUAUCACGACCAGAGUGAACUCCGAGCAGGAACACUUCCUCAUUGUCCCUUUUGGGCUUCUUUACAGUGAAGUGACUGCAUCCAGCUUGGUUAAGAUCAAUCUACAAGGAGAUAUAGUAGAUCGUGGAAGCACUAAUCUGGGAGUAAAUCAAGCCGGCUUCACCUUACACUCUGCAAUUUAUGCUGCACGCCCGGACGUGAAGUGCGUUGUGCACAUUCACACCCCAGCAGGGGCUGCGGUCUCUGCAAUGAAAUGUGGCCUCUUGCCAAUCUCCCCGGAGGCGCUUUCCCUUGGAGAAGUGGCUUAUCAUGACUACCAUGGCAUUCUGGUUGACGAAGAGGAAAAAGUUUUGAUUCAGAAAAAUCUGGGGCCUAAAAGCAAGGUUCUUAUUCUCCGGAACCAUGGGCUCGUGUCAGUUGGAGAGAGCGUUGAGGAGGCCUUCUAUUACAUCCAUAACCUUGUGGUUGCCUGUGAGAUCCAGGUUCGAACUCUGGCCAGUGCAGGAGGACCAGACAACUUAGUCCUGCUGAAUCCUGAGAAGUACAAAGCCAAGUCCCGUUCCCCAGGGUCUCCGGUAGGGGAAGGCACUGGAUCGCCUCCCAAGUGGCAGAUUGGUGAGCAGGAAUUUGAAGCCCUCAUGCGGAUGCUCGAUAAUCUGGGCUACAGAACUGGCUACCCUUAUCGAUACCCUGCUCUGAGAGAGAAGUCUAAAAAAUACAGCGAUGUGGAGGUUCCUGCUAGUGUCACAGGUUACUCCUUUACUAGUGACGGUGAUUCGGGCACUUGCUCCCCUCUCAGACACAGUUUUCAGAAGCAGCAGCGGGAGAAGACAAGAUGGCUGAACUCUGGCCGGGGCGACGAAGCUUCUGAGGAAGGGCAGAAUGGAAGCAGUCCCAAGUCGAAGACUAAGGUGUGGACGAACAUUACACACGAUCACGUGAAACCCUUGCUGCAGUCUCUCUCGUCCGGUGUCUGCGUGCCAAGCUGUAUUACCAACUGCUUGUGGACUAAAGAGGAUGGACAUAGAACUUCCACCUCUGCUGUCCCUAACCUGUUUGUUCCAUUGAACACUAACCCAAAAGAGGUCCAGGAGAUGAGGAACAAGAUCCGAGAGCAGAACUUACAGGACAUUAAGACGGCUGGCCCUCAGUCCCAGGUUUUGUGUGGUGUAGUGAUGGACAGGAGCCUCGUCCAGGAUGCACCUCUCUCUGACUGUACGGAAACUAUCGAAGGGCUCGAGCUUACAGAGCAGACCUUUAGUCCCGCUAAAUCUCUCUCUUUUAGAAAGGGAGAGCUGGUGACGGCCUCCAAGGCCAUCAUUGAGAAGGAGUACCAGCCCCACGUCAUUGUGAGCACCACGGGCCCCAACCCCUUCACCACACUCACAGACCGUGAGCUGGAGGAGUACCGCAGGGAGGUGGAGAGGAAGCAGAAGGGCUCUGAAGAGAAUCUGGACGAGGCUAGAGAACAGAAAGAAAAGAGUCCUCCAGACCAGCCUGCGGUCCCCUACCCGCCUCCCAGCACUCCCAUCAAGCUGGAGGAAGACCUUGUGCCGGAGCCAACUACUGGAGAUGACAGUGAUGCCGCCACCUUUAAGCCAACUCUUCCCGAUCUGUCCCCUGAUGAACCUUCAGAAGCACUCGGCUUCCCAAUGUUAGAGAAGGAGGAGGAAGCCCAUAGACCCCUAAGCCCCACUGAGGCCCCUACUGAGGCCAGCCCCGAACCAGCCCCAGACCCAGCCCCGGUGGCUGAAGAGGCUGCCCCCUCAGCUGCCGAGGAGGGGGCCGCCGCGGACCCUGGCAGCGAUGGGUCUCCAGGCAAGUCCCCAUCCAAAAAGAAGAAGAAGUUCCGUACCCCGUCCUUUUUGAAGAAGAGCAAGAAGAAGAGUGAGUCCUGAAGGCCCUGCGCUAACACUGUCCUGUCCGGAGCGACCCUGGCUCUGCCAGUGUCCCCGGCCACGUCUGUGCCCUGUCCUAGUGUAAUGGAAUGCAAAAAAGCCAAGCCCUCCACCUAGAGGUCCCCUCACGUGACCAGCCCCGUGUAGCCCCGGGCUGACCCAGUGCGUGCUCAGCAGCCCCACCCCACCCUGCCCCUUGUCCUCUCAGAGCCUCAGCUUCUGGGGGAGACAUGCUCUCCCCACAGGUGGGAGGCACUAAGUCAUGGUCCUGGCUGGAAGGUACUGAAGGCUUCUGCAGCUUUGGCUGCACGUCACCCUCCUGAGCCUUGACCUUUCCUGCCGUCCCUCCUGUUGUGAAAUCGCCACGUUCUGUCCCUGCUUGGCUUCCCCUCUACCCUAAAGUCUCAGGUGACGGACUCAGACUCCUGGCUUCACGUGGCGUUCUCUCUGCUCAGUGAUCUCACUUAAAUCUAUAUACAAAGCCUUGGUCCCGUGAAAACACUCGUGUGCCCACCAGCGGCCUUGAAGAGGCAGGUCUGGGCCAGAUGCUGGUCAGGAAACCCCAGUGACAGAUGGGCCUGUGUGCACCCAACGCGAUGCUAUGCAUGUCUGACCGACGAUCCCUCGACCAGAAUCAGAUUCAGGAGCUCAGUUUCUUUUUCACUUGGGUCUCUGGAUUCCUGUCAUAGGGAAGGUGUAUCAGGAGGGGAAGAGUCCUUUCUAGAAUUUUCUUUGAGCAGGUUUACAAUUUAGCUUACAUUUUUUGACUGUGAACGUGAAUAGGCUGCUUUUUGCUUUUUUCUUUCCAGACCCCACAGUAGAGCACUUUUCACUUAUUUGGGGGAGGUUUCAGGGGAUCUGUUCUCACCUUAACUCAGCCGGAAAGAUACCCUAGUUGUGAUAAAAGGUAACUCGAGGUGGAGGGUAGCCCUGGGGCCCCUCGACAUCGCCGUCAUUGAUGGAGCCUGAGACAUGUGCUCCGUGGCAGAUACUGUUGUUUUUACUUCCCUGCGAGGCUGGAAAAGGGCUCAGAGCUGCUGAGCAGGAACUGGAGGGUGAUGCAUUUCAGGAGCUGCCGGUACCAGCCUGACUAGGUGCAGGCAAGCUUGUGUGGGCCCAACAGGCCCCUGGUAGAGCUGGUGCCAGAUGUGGGCUCAGAUCCUGGGCACGAUGGGCCGAGCCACCUCAGAUCCCACUGAUUGGCCGGCAGAGCGAGAACCAGGCUGCUGCAUGGCACUGACUGCCGCUUCCAGCUUCCUCUGAGCCGCAGGGCCUGCUACGCGGGCGAGUGUGCUGCCUCUUUGUCGUUUUGUUGCCAAGGCAGAAUGAAAAGUCCUUAACCGCGGACUCUUCCUUUAUCCCCUUUUAUCCCUUCCUUUACCCCACAUAUGCAAUGACUUUUAAUUUUCACUUUUGUAGUUUAAUCCUUUGUAUUACAACAUGAAAUAUAGUUGCAUAUAUGGACACCGACUUGGGAGGACAGGUCCUGAAUGUCCUUUCUCCAGUGUAACAUGUUUUACUCACAAAUAAAAUUCUUUCAGCAA